AGGCGCUGGGCCUAGGCCCCACGAUGGCCGCGGACACGGCCUCGGACAUGAUCUCGGCCCUCAAGAUGCCCUCCAUCGGGCUGGGCGCGGCGCGGCGACGCACGCAGGCCCGCGAGAUCAACUGGCCCGUGAAGAAGGAGGCCGUGGUGGAGGGCGACCUGGUGCUGGGUGGGCUCAUGAUGGUCCACGAGCGCGAGGACAGCGUGGUGUGCGGGCCCAUCAUGCCGCAGGGCGGCGUGCAGGCGCUCGAGGCCAUGCUCUACACGCUGGACUUCGUCAACGACGGCUUCCUGCCCGGCAUCGCGCUUGGCGCGCACAUCCUGGACGACUGCGACAAGGACACCUACGGCCUGGAGAUGGCGGUCGACUUCAUCAAAGGCUCCAUCAGCAACAUCGACGACGCCGAGGUGCAGUGCAACCAGAGCGCGGCCCGCAAGGUCAUCUCGGGCGUGGUGGGCGCCGCCUCCAGCGUCACCUCCAUCCAGGUGGCCAACCUGCUGCGGCUGUUCCGCAUCCCCCAGGUGUCCUUCUUCUCCACGUCGCCCGAGCUGUCCAACAAGCAGCGCUUCGAGUUCUUCUCACGCACCAUCCCCAGCGACCACUACCAGGUGGCCGCCAUGGUGGAGAUCGUCAAGCGGAUGAACUGGACCUACGUGUCCAUCGUCUACGAGGAGAGCAACUACGGCAUCAAGGCGUACGAGGAGCUGGAGCGCGUGCUGGCGCUGCGCAACGUCUGCAUCGCCGUCAAGGAGAAGCUGGAGAAGGACUCGGGGGUGGCGGACGAGGAGUCCUACGACAAGAUCGUCGACAACCUGUUGAGCAAGCCGCGCGCCAGAGGCGUCAUCAUCUUCGGCUCGGACCAGGAGGUGGCGGGCGUGAUGCGCGCCGUGCGCCGCAAGGGCGCCACGGGGCGCUUCUCCUGGAUCGGCUCGGACGGCUGGUCGGCGCGCUCCCUCGUCUCGGACGGCAACGAACGCGAGGUGGAGGGCACACUGUCCGUGCAGCCGCAGGCCAACCCCGUCAGGGGCUUCGAGGAGUACUUCCUCAACCUGACGCCCGACAACAACAAGCGCAACCCGUGGUUCGUGGAGUUCUGGGAGGCGCACUUCCACUGCCGCUACAACAACAGCCCCGCCACGCCCUACAACCAGCAGUGGACGCAGCCCUGCGCGCCCAACCUCCGCCUGCACAAGAACAACACCGACUUCGAGGACCAGCUGCAGUUCGUGAGCGACGCCGUCAUGGCCUUCGCCCACGCCCUCAAGCAGAUGCACCUGGAGCUGUGCGGCGGCCACCGCGGCCUCUGCGACGCCAUGCAGCCCACGGAGGGCAACACACUGCUGGGCUACCUCCGGAACGUGUCCUUCACGGGCCUGAGCGGCGACAAGUUCCAGUUCGACAAGAACGGCGACGGCCCGGCCCGCUACAACAUCAUCCACUUCAAGCAGGUGGAGCGCGGCCGCUGGUCCUGGGUGCGCGUCGGCGAGUACUCCGGGUCCGAGCUGCACCUGAAUAUGAGCGAAAUCCAGUUCCAACUCGAGUCGCCGUCGCCGCCCGUGUCCGUGUGCAGCCUGCCAUGCGCCCAGGGCCAGGCGCGGCGCUACGUGGAGAGGGAGAGCUGCUGCUGGCACUGCUUCAACUGCACGCAGUACCAGGUGCGCAACGAGUCGGACGAGACGCGCUGCGACGAGUGUGCCAUGGGGACGCUGCCCGACGCGCUGCACGUGCGCUGCCUCGCCAUCCCGGAGGACUUCCUGCAGGUGGACUCGGGCUGGGCCAUCGGCGCCCUGGCCUUCUCCUGCUUCGGCAUCGUCACCACCGUCCUGGUGCUGGCCGUCUUCAUCACCCACCACGACACGCCCGUGGUGCGCGCCAGCGGCCGCGAGCUGUCCUACGUCCUGCUCACCGGCAUCCUCUUCUGCUACUGCGUCACCUUCCUGCUCGUGCUCAAGCCCACCGACAUCGUGUGCGGCAUGCAGAGGUUCAGCGCGGGCUUCUGCUUCACCAUGGUGUACGCCGCGCUCUUCAUCAAGACGAACCGCAUCGCGCGCAUCUUCCACGCCGGCAAGCGCGGCACCAAGCGGCCCUCCCUCAUCAGCCCGCGCUCCCAGCUCAUCAUCUGCGGCGGCCUGCUGUUCAUACAGGUCCUGAUCAACCUGGUGUGGACCUUGCUGUCGCCGCCCGCCGCCGUGCACAUGUACCCCACGCGCGAGGACAACGUGCUGGUGUGCUCCUCGCACAAGGACGCCUCCUACAUGAUCGCCUUCGGCUACCCUAUCAUGCUGAUCCUGGUGUGCACCGUCUACGCCGUGCUCACCCGGAAGAUCCCCGGCGCCUUCAACGAGUCCCAGCACAUUGGCUUCACCAUGUACACGACGUGCGUCAUCUGGCUGGCCUUCGUGCCGCUGUUCUUCGCCACGGCCAACCACGUAGCCCUCCGCAUCACCUCCAUGUCCGUCACCAUCUCUAUGUCUGCCUUCGUCACCGUGGUGUGCCUCUUCACGCCCAAGCUGUACAUCAUCGUCUUCCACCCGGAGCGCAACGUGCGCCAGUCCAUGAUGCCCAAGUCGAGCAAGGUGCCGACCACCAUCAAGAGCUCGGCGGCCACCGCCUCCACAGCGGUGCGGCCCGCCGUGCCCACUGCCGCCAUCGCGGCCCCCGCCAACGCAGCCCCCGCCAACGCGACCGCUGCCCCCGAGAAGCAGCACAAGGCGACGCAGUGCGACGACCCGCCGCAGUACGUGGCCAACGGCGGCAUCAAGACGAGUCGCUCCCAGCAGACCUCCCUGCUCAGCCUGUGUCCCGGCCUCGGCCCCGACCUCGGCCCCGACCUCGGCCCCGACCGCGCAGCCAGCCACACGGACCUCACCCCCCUCGUGGCCGAGAGGGUGGCCGAGGACUCGCCCCCGACAGCCAACGGGCCAACCGUCCCCGCCAAGAAGAGCUCCGUGGCCUCGGCCAACGACGUCCUCAGUGCUAACCCAGCGCGCCUGUCCUCGCUGGACUACAUCGACAUGGACGUGGAGCGGCUCGUACAGUCGCCGCCGCCCCGGACGCCAGCCCCGCCAGCCGUGCAAGCCGUGCAAGGCAGCGCGCUGGACGCUGGCACGGCCUCCUCGGGCACCGAGGCCAACGCGGUGGUGCACCGCAACCACGCCAACCACAACCACCUCAACAACCACAACCACCGGGUGCACUCCGACGGCGCGCCCGCGCCCCCACACGUGCACUCGUAGCACGGGGCUCCCUCACCCAGCCAGCCGCACGCCCCCACGCCCCCCGUCGGGACCGUCGGGGCGCAGGCCGAGGGUGAGGGUGAU